AUGGACAAGAUCUCAAUCACCAUCUGUGGAGAUGGCGGAUGCGGCAAAUCGUCCAUCACCCUGCGGCUGGUCCACAGUCAAUGGAUUCAUGAAUAUGACCCAACAAUUGAGGACUCGUACUCCGUUACCCGCAAUGUCGAUGGUCUCCCCUACUUCCUCUCUAUCACUGAUACAGCGGGCCAAGAGGAAUACCGCGGCCUAUGGACGGCCUCUACGCUGAAAUCCGAUGCCUUCCUCCUGGUCUACGAUAUCACCAAUCCCUCAAGUCUCGAAACGCUGGACUAUUUCAUGGACAUGAUUAAUAUGGAGGCGGAGCAGCGCGUGGAGGACAACGAGCGAUUGCGCAAAGAACUCGGGCCCCAGGCUGCAAGGGCACAAAUCGGCAUGCCACCGCCGGUCAAGAUUCUCGCCGGCAACAAAUGCGAUCUGAAAGAUGAUCGCGCGGUGACCUCACGCGACGGGCUCGAGUAUGCGCGCAAACACGGAUGCGGAUUCAUGGAGACCAGCGCGCGCGAAAUGGUCAACAUCGAAGAGACAUUUUCCCAUCUGGUCCGUCGCGUUGUCGAAGCUCGUCGAGUUCAUUGCCAACAAGAUACACCACGUCCUCCCCAAUGUACUGAGCCGGCGCACACGACAGCCUUACCGCGGACCAGUGUAGAUGCCACGGUCGAUGGUCGAACCCGAAGUCGCGUCUGGCGAUUCAUCAAACGUCGGAAGACAACGGAACCAUACGAACAGGUCCAGGAACAGAAUGCAAUGGCUAGGACAGAAAAACAAACAAGGAAGCAUUGUCUCUGUUGCUUCCGUUAG